GGAGUGGCCGAGUCCCGAGGGUGAUCUAAGGAGACACCUCACCGGCUCCCCUUCUUCCCCCAUUCCUCCUCCUCAACAGAACACACACUCGCCACUCUCUCUCUCUCUCUCUCUCUCUCUCUCUCUCUCACACACACACACACACACACAAGCAAUUGAGCACCAUAUUCUUAAUUCAAGAUGAUGAGGAGCAUAGGAAGCGCUUCCUCCGCUUCCGGAAGAGGCAUAGCGGCCAUUGUUGGGGUUGGCCCUAACCUCGGACGCUCCAUUGCCCGCAAGUUCGCUCACGAAGGCUACACCGUCGCCAUCCUCGCUCGCGACCUAGGGAGGCUGUCGAGAUUGGCGGAGGAGAUAGCGAGGGAGGAAAAGUCACAGGUGUUCGCCAUCAGAAUCGACUGCUCCGACUCCAGAAGCGUCCGUGAGGCUUUCGAGGGCGUUCUCUCUCUCGGCUUCGUCGAGGUUCUCGUCUACAACGCUGCCUAUCACCACCCCCCUCCUCCUGCUCCCUCGGUCUGCCCCCACCAUUCCCCCACCUCCUUCCCCGACACUACUCGCCUCCACUCCUUCGAGAAGUCCCUCGCCGUCUCUACCGUUGGCGCCUUCCACUGCGCCCACCAGGUUCUUCGGGGCAUGGUGGAAAGGGGAAGAGGCACGAUUCUCUUCACCGGCUGUUCUGCUUCUCUCACCGGCAUUGCUGGCUGCGCCGAACUAUGCUGUGGAAAAUUCGCCUUGAGAGCUCUAUCGCAAUGCCUGGCGAGAGAGUUCCAGCCUCUUGGCGUGCACGUGGCGCAUGUUGUCAUCGACGGCCUCGUCGGCGCUCCGGUAUUACCUAGGGAGGGGGCAUCAUCGACGACAUGGUCGACGGCGCAGAGAUGGUGCCCGCACGGGGAGCAACAGCGGGGCGGCGGCGGAGGAGGAGGCGAGGGAGGAUGGAUGGAGGCGGACGCGGUGGCUCAAACCUACUGGUACCUCCACGUUCAAGACCGGAGCGCCUGGACCCAGGAGAUCGACCUUCGUCCCUCAGCUCUCCUUCCCCACACUAGCCUCAGAUUCUCUUCACACUGAAUUCAAUCACUAGCUUUCUCUCUCCUCUUUCCCUUCUUUAAUUCCUCUGCUACUUUCUAAACCUUCCCACCCCCAGGCCGACCCGGAAAAAGAUAUGAAUGGGUCACUCGUAUUCCUACUCUCUCUCUCUCUCUCUCUCUCUCUAUAUAUAUAUAUACAUAUAUAUAUUUCAUCAUUUAAACUUCAGUAGAUAUUAAUUUAGACCCCAUGUAGUGUUAAGUACUGGCCUACUGGGUCCAUUUGCACUCUCAUUUACUAUGAUAAUAACGCUGUCCAUAACUAAUGUUGUCAUUAAUAAAGGGAUCAUACUGUGA